CCUUGUGGCGAGCUGGGACUUUUCUGGCGCCGCCCAGCUAUGGCGCGGAAGUUGAGCCGGUCCUUGUUGCUUCUCUUGCCGUUCCUGCUGGGGGUCCCUCUGGCGCAAGGCUUCAGCCCCCUGCCCCUAGUCCUCAACACUUGGCCUUUUAAGAACGCUACGGACGCAGCAUGGCGGACAUUAGUGUCUGGAGGGACUGCUGUGGAUGCAGUUGAGAAUGGCUGUGCUGUCUGUGAGACAGAGCGGUGUGAAGGCACUGUAGGCUUUGGAGGAAGUCCUGAUGAAGUUGGGGAGACCACCCUGGACGCCAUGAUCAUGGAUGGCGCCACCAUGAAUGUGGGAGCAGUGGGAGACCUCAGAAGAAUUAAAAAUGCCAUCGGAGUGGCACGGAGAGUCCUGGACCACACAACACACACGCUUUUAGUAGGGGACUCAGCCACCAACUUUGCUGAAAGCAUGGGGUUUACCGUUGAAGAUUUGUCUACCACCACCUCAAAAAGUCUUCAUUCAGAGUGGGCUUCUAAGAAUUGCCAGCCAAAUUUUUGGAGAAGAGUUACACCAGAUCCUUCAAAAUACUGUGGACCCUAUAAACCAUCUGGUAGCUUGGAGUGGGCUAUUUCUGCCCACAAACAAGUGGAUAUCCAUAAUCAUGAUACUAUUGGCAUGGUUGUAAUCCAUAAGACGGGACAUGUUGCUGCGGGCACAUCCACAAAUGGUUUAAAAUUCAAAAUACCUGGUCGUGUAGGAGACUCACCAAUACCUGGAGCCGGGGCCUAUGCUGAAGACAUGAUUGGGGCAGCUGCAGCCACAGGGGAUGGUGAUAUACUAAUGCGCUUUCUGCCAAGCUACCAAGCUGUGGAAUAUAUGAGAAGAGGAGACCACCCAACCACCGCUUGCCAAAAAGUGAUUGCAAAAAUUCAGAAGUAUUUUCCAAAAUUCUUUGGGGCUAUUAUAUGUGCCAAUGUGAUGGGAAGUUAUGGUGCUGCUUGCAACAAACAUCCAACAUUUACUCAAUUUAGUUUCAUGGUUUAUAAUUCUCUACGAAUUCAGCCAACUGAAGAAAAAGUAGACUGCAUCUAAUCUACCGUGUCUGUUAGCAUGUGUUUUUAAAGAGGAGAGAAACUAAAGCUAGGAAAGUUGCUGACUGGCAUCAUGUAGUAGCCUUCAUAUAUUUCAAGUUCAUGUGUAAGCUAACUGUAAAAAUAAAUUAUGCAGCAGUGACAUUUCUGUAUCUA